GCCGCUGGGGCAGGAAGAUGGUGGCAAGCGCGCGGGUGCAGAAGCUGGUGCGGCGCUACAAGCUGGCGAUCGCCACGGUGCUGGCCAUCCUGCUGCUGCAGGGCCUGGUGGUGUGGAGCUUCAGCGGCCUGGAGGAGGAGGAGCCCGGGGAGAAGGGACGACAGAGGAAGCCACGGCCACCAGACCCAGGCGAGGGCUCUAAAGACAGAGAUAGCUCUGCAGGGCGACGGGGAAAUGCAGGCCGGAGGCACGGGCGCUGGAAAGGCCGAGUGGAUAGCCCUGGGGUGUUGGUGGCCAAAGUGGUGAGAGCCGUCACGGGCAAGCACAGAUUUAGCCGCCGGAUCCCCCCUGCCCCACCCCGAGAACCCCUCAGCCGCCAGAAUCUGAGUACUGGAGGUGGAGGAGAGGGGCUACCUGGGGCAGGUGUUGUUGGCGCCUUCCAGCAGGGUGACACAGGCAGCGUGGAGGGUGCUCCCCAGCCCACAGAGAACGGCUUCACCCCCAAGUGUGAGAUCACAGGCAAGGAUGCCCUGUCUGCCUUGGCCCGGGCCAGCACCAAGCAGUGUCAGCAGGAGAUCGCCAAUGUGGUGUGUCUGCACCAAGCAGGGAGUCUCAUGCCCAAGGUGGUACCCCGACACUGCCAGCUGUCUGGAAAGGUGAGCCCCAUGAUUCAGUGGGACGAGAGCAGAGUGCAGUUACCACCGGGCAGGCCCACAGUGCGAAUUGCCUACAUGCUGGUGGUUCAUGGUCGCGCCAUCCGGCAGCUCAAGCGACUCCUCAAGGCUGUUUACCACGAGCGACACUUUUUCUACAUCCAUGUAGACAAGCGCUCUAACUACUUAUACCGAGAGGUGGUUGCUCUAGCCCAGCACUAUGCCAACGUGCGGGUGACCCCUUGGCGCAUGGGCACCAUCUGGGGUGGUGCGAGUCUCUUGAAGAUGUAUCUACGCAGCAUGCAGGACUUGCUAGAGGCACCUGGCUGGACCUGGGACUUCUUCAUCAACCUUAGUGCCACCGACUACCCCACCAGGACCAAUGACGAGCUGGUGACAUUCCUCUCCAAAUACCAUGAUAAGAACUUCCUCAAGUCUCAUGGCCGGGACAACUCAAGGUUCAUCAAGAAACAGGGCCUGGACCGGCUCUUUCAUGAGUGUGACUCCCACAUGUGGCGCCUGGGAGAACGGCAGAUCCCAGAGGGCAUUGUCGUGGAUGGCGGCUCAGAUUGGUUUGCCCUGACCCGCAGCUUCGUGGAGUACGUGGUCUAUACAGACGAUCCCCUUGUGGCUCAGCUGCGCCAGUUCUAUACCUACACACUUCUACCAGCUGAGUCCUUCUUCCACACUGUGCUGGAGAACAGCCCCACCUGCAACACCCUCGUGGACAACAACUUGCGUGUCACAAACUGGAACCGUAAGCUGGGCUGCAAAUGUCAGUACAAGCACAUCGUGGACUGGUGUGGCUGCUCCCCCAAUGACUUCAAGCCCCAGGACUUCCUUCGGCUACAGCAACUCUCCAGACCUACCUUCUUUGCCCGAAAAUUUGAGUCAACUGUGAACCAGGAAGUGCUGGAAAUCUUGGACUCUCACCUUUAUGGUAGUUACCCCCCCAACACGCCAGCCCUCAAAGCAUACUGGGAAAAUGCCCACGACUUUGCCGACGGCCUGGGUGGGCUCAGCGACAUCCUCCUCACUGCCUACACAGCUUUUUCGAGGCUUGGCCUACGCCAUGCUGCCGCCAUGGCAUCCCCUUCAACUAACCAGCUCUGCAGGUUUGAGCCUAAGGGCUUCCCAUCCAGUGUCCACCUGUAUUUCUAUGAUGACCGUUUCCAGGGCUACUUGUUGACCCAGAAGGUGCAGCCUGUGGCCUCUGGGCCCGAAGAGGCGCUGGAGAUGUGGCUGAUGCCUCGGGGGGCCCUGAAGCUGACAGAACACAAUGGUCAGGCCAACCGGCUGCAGAACCUGGAGGUGGGCACAGAGUGGGACCCCAAAGAACGUCUCUUCCGGAAUUUUGGGGGACUGUUGGGGCCUCUGGAUGAGCCAGUGGCCAUGCAGCGCUGGGCCCGUGGCCCCAACCUCACAGCCACUGUGGUUUGGAUCGACCCCACCUUUGUGGUGGCCACCUCGUAUGAUAUCACUGUGGACUCUGAAGCUGAGGUCACUCAAUAUAAGCCUCCCCUGAGCCGGCCCCUGCGACCCGGUGCCUGGACCGUCCGCCUGCUGCAGUUCUGGGAACCGCUGGGUGAAACCCGCUUCCUGGUGUUGCCCCUGACCUUCAACCGCAAACUACCUCUCAGGAAAGAUGAUGGAAGCUGGCUACAUGCUGGGCCUCCCCACAAUGAGUACAUGGAGCAGAGUUUCCAGGGCCUGAGUGGAAUCUUGAACCUUCCCCGGCCAGAGCAGGCAGAAGAGGCUUCUCGGAGGCACUCAGAAUUGACCGGCCCCGCCCUGGAGGACUGGACAGAUAGCACCUUGGGCAGCUUCUGGUCAGUGGCAGGGCUGUGUGCCACAGGUCCCUCCAUCUGUCCCAACCUGGAGCCCUGCAGCCGGACCAGCUGGAGUUCCCUGUCUCCUGACCCUAAGUCAGAGCUCGGUCCUGUCAAAGCUGAUGGCCGGCUGAGGUAGCGGGACCGCAGUGGGAGCCCGGGGAAAACCCCGGGGCGUUGCACCUUAGGAACUCCAUAGAGGAAGAGGCAAUCGAGGGACCAUCCUCACCCAUGGGCGAGAAGUUGGGGUCUAGGCCCACAGUCCCAUCCCCCCUCCAUUCCUCGGCUGGAUUAAGCCCCAGGAUCAAGCAGCAGAUGGACACCGAUGGGCUACUCAUUGGGCAGUUCCAAGCUGGGGAUUGGAGAAGAGUGGAGAAAACCAAGUUCCUUCAGCUACCGAGCCAAUGCUGUUCCUGUGCCCUCUUCAGUUUCUCUAGGUUCUACUUUCCUGUUUUUAAGAUGCCCUGUGGAGAGGGCCUAAGGACAAGAAGAACAGAGAAGAAAGAUGUGCAAUAAAGUCUCAAGCAGCCCCAGGGAGAUAUGGUGCCCCUAAGACCUGCAAAACAAGGGACCAAGUGGGUACUUCAAGGGGCUGCCUGAGACGGCCCGGGUCCCCUGACUGUCUGCCUCAGAAGCCUGGGCCAGUAGAGCUAAGGGCAGAGGAUGCUGCUGGUCUUGGCAAAAAAAAAAACUAUCUAAAGAGCUAGUAGGUAACUGGGUAGAGUCAUCUGUGGAACCAGCCAUUGGCCAGGCCAGGAGGUCAGAAAGGAGAUACAGGAGAGGGAGAAGUCCAGGGCUCCUGGGUCUCACAGUCUGCUCUGUCCCCUUUACAUUAAAUGGGUGCUGCCUCUGAGGCACCUGAGGGGCUGACAGAUGAGACUGCAAAGCAGGGAGCGUGAGGGGUCCUGGCCACAGAGCGGUCUCUGUGAUGGAAGGAUUGAACUAGAGAAAGAAGAGCAAGAACUGCCCUCUCAGGUUGUUCCUGAGAAGGAACCAGAGCAGUGGUGGGUCUGGAGCGCUGUGUAAAAUCUGAAAUAUGCAACAGCAGAAAUAUAUCUCUUACAUCUCUAAUAUA